GUCUUUAACAGUUCUUCAACUCAAAAACCAUAAAAAUUAAAAUAACCCCAAAACAGAAAAGGAUUUGAAGAGUGAAGAAGCAAUUAGGAUUUGUGUUCCGAUCGGCAGACAAUCGGAUGGUCUUUCUGAUUGUAGGCUUCGAGAAAUGGUCGGCAGUGGCGGUGGCGGGGGUGGAGGUGGUGCUGCCGGAGAGCGGCGGUGGGAGUCUUCGUUUUGACCGCUGCUUGUUCUGGAGAAGAAGCUUUACGGUGUUGGGAGGAUGAUGAGGAAAGCCAAAGGUGGUAGCGGUAACGGUAGGAGCAACGGUUUGCUGCCCAAUUCCUUUCGCAUAAUCUCUUCUUGUUUGAAGACGGUUUCAACGAAUGCUAGUUCCGUUGCUUCCACGGUUCGCUCUGCUGGUGCUUCCGUUGCCGCUUCCAUUGCUUCCGAGGAUCAUAAAGACCAGGUAUUAUGGGCUGGCUUUGACAAACUAGAGCUUGGUCAUUUUGUCCUCAAACGUGUUCUGUUACUUGGUUACUCCAAUGGAUUCCAAGUCCUUGAUGUUGAAGAUGUCUCCAAUGUAAAUGAACUGGUCUCAAAACGUGAUGGUCCAGUUACUUUUCUACAGAUGCAGCCCACCCCUGCAAAGUCCGAAGGUGAGGAAGGAUUUAUAGCAUCUCAACCCUUACUGUUGGUUGUUGCCGGGGAUGAGACUGUCUCUUCAGGUCCAGUGCAGGGUGGGGGCCAUUUUGGUGGACAGAUCAGAGAUGGUAACAUAGAACCUCAACCAGGAAACUCUGUCUACUCUCCUACAGCGGUUCGGUUCUACUCACUAAGAUCACACAGUUAUGUGCAUGUUCUGAGGUUUCGGUCGGCAGUCUAUACUGUUAGAUGCAGUCCACGUAUAGUGGCUGUGGGUCUUGCUACUCAAAUAUACUGCUUUGACGCUCUCACCCUUGAGAAUAAAUUCAGUGUUCUCACCUAUCCUGUCCCUCAGGUGGGUGGACAAGGAGUUGUUGGGGCUAACAUUGGCUUUGGCCCAAUGGCUAUUGGCCCCAGGUGGUUAGCUUAUGCUUCCAACAAUCCUCUGUUGUCAAACACCAGCCGCCUAAGUCCACAGAAUCUUACGCCUUCUCCAGGUGUUAGUCCGUCUACUUCUCCUGGUAAUGGGAGUUUGGUUGCUCGUUAUGCGAUGGAGUCAAGCAAACACUUAGCUACUGGCUUAAUCAAUCUUGGCGACAUCAGUUACAAAACAUUGUCCAAAUACUGUCAGGAGCUUUUACCGGAUGGUUCAAGCUCUCCUGUAUCAAAAAAUUCAAACUGGAAAGUUGGUAGACUUGCAUCAUCAACACAUUCAAAUGAAACAGAUAAUGCGGGGAUGGUUGUCAUUAAGGAUUUUGAAUCCAGGGCUGUUAUUUCUCAAUUUAGAGCCCAUUCAAGUCCAAUUUCUGCACUCUGUUUUGACCCAAGUGGGACUCUUUUGGUUACUGCAUCUGUUUAUGGGAACAACAUAAACAUAUUCAGGAUCAUGCCGUCCUGCAUCCCAACUGGAUCAGGCACUCCCACCUACGAUUGGAGCUCUUCUCAUGUGCAUUUAUACAAGUUAUAUCGUGGAAUGACAACGGCAGUCAUACAAGACAUAUGUUUCAGCCAUUAUAGUCAGUGGAUAGCUAUUAUUUCAUCCCGAGGAACUUGCCAUAUUUUUGUUCUAUCUCCUUUUGGUGGUGAUACUGGUCUUCAAACACAAGGUCUUCAUAACGAUGGGCCUAUUCUUUCACCAGGUUUAUCUUUACCAUGGUGGUCUGCUUCAUCUUGCACAAUGAACCAGCAAGCUUUCCCACCACCACCCCCUGUAACACUCUCUGUGGUAAGCAGGAUAAAGGAUGGUAACUCCGGGUGGCUUAAUACAGUAAGUAAUGCUGCAGCUUCUGCAACAGGGAAAGUAUUUGUGCCCUCUGGUGCUGUUGCUGCUGUUUUCCACAAUUCUGUAUCUCGCAGUUCUCAAAACUCUUCCUCAAAGACUUUGGAGCACCUGCUAGUUUAUACUCCAUCUGGUCAUCUCAUUCAACAUGAACUUCUGCCAUCCUUGGGGAUAGAACCAAAUGAUAGUGGGGCAAGAACUGGGUCGGGUUCUUUUGUGCAAGUACAUGAUGAGGAGUUAAAAGUGAGAGUUGAACCUGUUCAAUGGUGGGAUGUUUGCCGAAGAUCAGAUUGGCCAGAAAGAGAAGUACACAUUUCCCAGAUUGCCCAUGAUAGACAAGAAGCUGCACAAAUUGUCAUGGAUAAUUCUACUGAGGAUGAUAUUGAUAUGAAUUAUGUUGUGGAUUCAAAUAAUAGCACUGGGGUAAAAGAUUUGGUAAAACCCUGUGAAAGACCACACUGGUAUCUAUCCAAUGCGGAGGUGCAGAUAUGCACAGGGAGGAUAGCCAUAUGGCAGAAAUCCAAGAUAUCUUUCCAUAUGAUGAGUCCUUUGAGGUCCAACGAGAGGAAGUUUAACAAUGAUAAUGUGGGUGGAGAGAUUGAAAUUGAAAAGAUGCCUGUUCAUGAGCUUGAAAUAAGGCGCAAGGAUUUGCUUCCUGUGUUUGAUCAUUUCCAUAGUGUUCAGUCCGACUGGAGUGACAGGGGACUUUUAGUGGGAAGAUCUGCAAAUGUUUCGUCUUCUGAUCCUCAUCAAACUAAAGGAAAGUUCAUGGAAGUGAAUGUUAGUUACAACUCUAAGUCGGCAUCCCUUGGAUCAGGGCGAAGCUCUAAUGGAGGAUCAUCAAGAGCAACUGAGAGUUUGCUUGAUAUAGAUCAAUUGAAUAUGCUGAAGUCUUAUGCACCAAUGGAUCAAGCUGUCGAUGAAGUUGAUGGUGAAGAGAGGGAGAGUAAAGCACAGACAUCCACCCUUGUGAGCCAAUGCUCCUCUAAACAAAAUCAUGAAUCAAUUCUUCCUAAAUGUUCUACGAAGGAUGGUUGCCAGGUGGAAGAUCAUGUUGUUAAUGAUGUAUCUGCUUCAAGGAGCAACUCGCAUUGUAUUGGGAAACAACCUAUCUCUGAAGGAGUUCCCUCCAAAAAUGCUGAUGGUAUUAAUGGAAUCAUAAACACUAGUGGCAUUAGUGAAAUAUCAAAUGCAAGUUCUGAUCAUUCUGGUUCUAGUCCUAACAUUCAUGUGGAUGACCCUGCAUGUGUAGAGUUGCAAGACACUCUAGAUUUUGGGCAGUAUUUUCAAGAGGGGUACUGUAAAGUAACAGAGCUCAAUGUGAAUAAUGAGCUCACUAACAUUAAUGAUGCUGACAGCAGCAGUAGCCACUGUGAGAGGGAAAGACCUGAAGAGGAAACAGAGAACGACGACAUGCUCGGGGGUGUCUUUGCCUUCAGUGAAGAAAGCUGAUCUUUAUGGUUCAUGGUGCUGUGUGUAAGAAAAGGCUGAACUAAUUCCACUGACUUGCCAUCAAAUUCAAAAUCAUGAGUUGUAAUCGGACUUCCACUCCAAAGUGAGUUCAAAUUGUCAACUUGCAGUGGUGGGAGAGGAACUGACUAUUACUCCUCAACUUUGUGCCAAUAAGGGGUCACAUGUAUGCACAAGAUUGUAUCAGCAUCAUUCCAAAGCAUGACUCUCUCUCUCUCUUUCUCUCUCAUGUACAUUUUGUAUAUGGAAAUUCGUAAUUCAUGGGGGGGGGGGGGGGGUUGGGUUGUUGACUAGCUUUAUGCAUGGCGGGAGUUUGGCUACUUGAUAGAGGUAGAUUUGGGUUUGUAUACCCUGUCUAAAACAUUUUACCAAAGUUUGCUUGUACAGAUGAAUUCAGUUUGAACAGUUUAUCUCUCCAAAUUGUACUACUAAUAUAUAUUCUUGAAAAAAAAUGGAAAAAGAAAAAAGAAGGCUGAUUAUGCUGCACAAAUGUGAGGGCUACUAGUUUGAUUGUAUGCUUCGGCAA